CCGACAUCAGUCUUUCGGUGGUGCUCAGAACAAGUUCGUCGCUUCGUUAUUUUGUGCUCACAAUUUCAGUUUAGUUGUUGAUUUAAAUCAAUUAGAAUUCGGAGUGAAUUGUGUUUUUAUUGCCACCAAAGAUCUCAAUUUUUGUGCGUGUGAAUCUGCUGCAACCACACAUUGGACGAUUGUUAAGACGCGACCGACUUUAGUGCAACGUUACCAAAUUCUGUCAAUUUAUUUCAUUUCUGAGUUUACCAAAACAAAACUAAUCAAAGAUGAAUCUCAUUCAACCAACUCCUGAUAUGCGUGUGUUCAUCCGCCAAGAGCUUCGCGAACCCGAAAACCCAGAAGACAUCGAGAAAGAUGUUGCUGCCAUUCGUGAAUGGUUGAAACUUCAACCACAUUUGCCAAAAGAUAUGGACGAUGCUCGUCUUCGUACCUUCUUGCGUGGCUGCAAAUUCAGCUUGGAAAAGGUGAAGAAGAAGUUGGACAUGUACUACACUAUGCGUAAUGCUGUCCCUGAGUUCUUUGCCAAUCGUGAUGUCGAUCGUCCCGAAUUGGCUGAAAUUUUCAAAGCUGUUCAAGGCCCCAUUUUGCCCGGACUUACUCCAAACGGUCGCCGUGUGUGUGUGUUGCGAGGUGUUACCAAAGAUAUUGCCACUCCAAACAUUGAUGACUGCAUGAAAUUGGUGUUGAUGGCUGGUGAUAUUCGUUUGAAGGAAGAACAAGUCGGUGUUGCCGGUGAUGUGUACAUUUUGGAUGCUACCGUUGCUACUCCAGGACAUUUCUCGAAAGUCUCACCAGCUAUGGCGAAGAAGUUCUUGAUUUGUGUGCAAGAAGCUUAUCCAGUGAAAUUGAAGGAGGUGCACAUCGUGAAUGUAUCACCACUCGUUGACACCAUCAUCAACUUUGUUCGUCCAUUCUUGAAGGAAAAGAUUCGUCAACGUAUCCACUUCCACAGCAACUUGGAUUCGUUGUACAAGUUUGUUCCACAAAAAAUGUUGCCAAAAGAAUACGGCGGUGAAGCUGGUACUAUGGAAGAAUUGACUGAACAAUGGCGCACAAAGCUCCGUGAAUACACCCCAUGGUUCAAGGAGCAAGAAGAUAAAAAAGCCAACGAAGCAUUGCGACCGGGCUCCCCGAAGACUGCUGACGAUUUAUUCGGUAUGGAUGGAACCUUCCGCAAAUUGACCAUCGAUUAAAAAUGAUCCAUUGCCGUCGUCACCACCAGCACAGCUGCCACUUCACACCUUGUUCUUAUGGAUUAGAAACGUUUUUCUUUUUAUUUUAUCCACACAAUUGCAAUUCAAUCAUUCGCGAUCAUGGUUUUUAAUUAAUUUUCUUCUAUCAUUAUUAUUAUUAUUAUGGCUAAAUUGUUUUAGUUCUUCUAAAUGCUGUCCCCUGUCCUUCUUUCUUUCCUACAUUAUCUUCUGUUCUGUAUUUGAUUGUUAACGAGACAAAAAAAACCAAAACCAAAACCAAAUUAAUAUUUUCCUUUCCAUUUCCAAAAAAAAAUUAACAACAAGAAUUGCGUAUGCACGUAUCUUGAGAAUAGUAACGAAAUUAACCACCAAAAAGAGACAACCUAACAAAAAAAACAAGAAAUCACAUCUGCCUGUUUCUUUUCACCUUUUGUUAGUUCUAUUGUAAUUUAUCGUUUCAAGUGAUUAGGGAAAAAAAAGCAAAUCACCAUAAAACCACACCAAAAAAACUCACACACAUACACACGAAAUAAGUCACGAUCAAAAUGAGACUACAUUUCAACUGUAUUUAUAGAAAACAUAUUGAGCUUCUUUUCUAUAUUAGUUCUUCUUUAGGAUUUCUCUUUUUGUUUUCGUUUCGACUUAAAUUGUUUAGUUUUUAUUAGCGGUGAUUUAAUUAUUUGUUAGCACAAUUUGCACCACUUUCACACCAACACCACCAACAAGAAAAACAAAUCGAUAUAAAAAUAUAAAAUUACAAAAAAAAUACUCAAAAUUUUCAAACGCCUUUCGUUUUUUUGUUUCGCUUUUAAAUUCUUGCUUGUUUUUUUGUUGUUUAUUCUGCACCAUCCACCUCACACACAACAACACACACUCUAUGAAAGACCUAAAUCACCUCAAUUUUGCACGGACCGUAUGUUGUAGAAACCAAAAUUAUGGCACUUGGCUUCACGGCUUCGGCGAAGUGGCAUCGAUGUGUAGAUUUUUUGUCUUUAUUUCUCCUGGGUUUAAGUGUAUAUAUAAAGUUUGAUGAAAACAGACAAUGGUAACCUGCUUUAUUGUGAUAUUUGGUAUCUUUUUCGAUUAGAAACAGUCACAAAUGUACGCUAAUACGAACGCUUCAUUUGUGCUAAUGAAUUGAAUCAGUUUUCAUUUUCGGUCCGUCCAAUUGUGAAACUCUUGAUGAGUGAGAGAAUACGAACGACACCAUUUUAUUGUCUUGUAAAAAAAAAAUCCUCCUGAAAUAUUGAAUAAAUUGAAUUUUCUUGAAACUCAA